GUACAACUUGAUGGGAUGUAAACAUUAAAACGUUUUAAGUACCUGGAAUUCGAAGUUCACCAUAGAGCUACUGCGUCGCAAGUUUGACAGACAUUGGCAUAAGACAGCUGUUCCACAUGAUGAGUAGUGUGCUGAACAGUGAAUGGGAUGGAGAUGAAGACUUAUCUUGUGAUGCUGCACCAACAAUGAAUUCCACUCCUGGAGAACUUGGAGGAAAUCAACCAGAUGAUGAUCAGGAGAGCUACAGCUUUGUCAGUCAAUUAUUUUCACCAAGAGAACGUCAUGAAUAUAGCUACAAAAUAAAAUUAAUUAAGAACUGGUUCAAUCUUGAAGAGUUUGGUGAUGUUUUGAUGUUGUGCAGUGAAGAGGACAAUGAGGAUGCUGGAAAAUACUGCAAAUAUCUACGGACACUACAGAUGCGGGGUGGACCGGGGCAGUCAGGUGUCAAUGUGAAAGCAUCAUUGAUGGAAAACGAAGUACUUCCAGGGCAAUCUGUCUUCUCAGGCCCAGAAAAGUCUUUAGCAAGAUUUACAUUUGAUUUCCUGUAUAUAACAAGUAGAACUAAUAAAAAUGAUUUGUACUCAUUUUACCAGGAUAUGUGUCUUGCAGAAAGUGUACAGGAGGAGCAAAAGGAGGGGUGUUUAGCUGUAGUCUACACUGAUGGUGUUAAUCUUGAUGACAUUCCGUUACAAUUUCAAGGUGAAAUCAUCAUCCGUGCAUCUGACAGAUCAAAAGACACAAAAAAUGCUCUGAUCAAAAAGCUUGAGAGCAAACUUUAUUUAAGAGAAGCCAAGGAGAAAAAGUUCAUUGAAGAAAAAUUUGAAGAAGCUGAAGAAUUGGAAAAUAGCUAAAUGGUAGAUUCUACCACUAGUUUUCACGGAUUCGGUACCUGGCAUAAUCUUCACAUUUUUAAAGUUAACAGAAAAGCAUCCCCCCCCCAAAAAAAAAACCCCACCCUGCUCCUCUACAAAACAAGUUUAAUCUGGAUCAUGCCACAACAAAAGUAACAACAAGAAAAGGGAUGACUGUUAGUGCUGUAAUGUUAUAAAUUACAGUAUACUGUUGUGUUUGAUUUAUAUAAUAAAGAUGUGAUUAUGUAAGUUUGUUAUUUAUACAUACGUAAAUAAUUUCUCCUGAAGGAACUUUAAUUGUGUAGCUCGCCACAUGAUUGUACAAAAUGUCAUUUAUAUCCAACAGUGUAAAUAGUGCUUUUUCGACAAAAUGCUGAUCACAAGGAUGCCCUGGUAUUGUCUCUAUUUAGUCUGUCCGUCUUUCAGUCCAAGAAGUUUGUCCAGGGCUUAUUUUCUAUACUAUUUCACCUGGAGUUACCAGAUUUGGUGUACAAAGACAUCUUGGAAUGGCGGAGUGCAUUUAGAAGUAGCUAUAGGUCACUGUGACCUUUGACUUGACCUUAACCCUUAACUUUUGAAAAAAAUCAAUUUCAAGUCUCUGUGCUCUGUCAAAAUUGGUUAUCAGGAAUGGACUCUAUUCCAAACGCCUCUUCAAUUUUAUUUUGGACAUAGGAACCGAGAAAAAUAUAUGUUUUUGCACCUAAAUCUAUCUAUUAUAUCUUUUAAGAAUUAUUUUCUUGUUUGCAAUGAGUAUCAUUUGGUUUCAAGAGGAGCAGGACAAUUCAGACUUUGGGCGGUUGCCCUGAUCUCAUUGUGACAUACACUGUACAUGUAUUAUAUUGCCUUGUGCGAUAUGAAUGUCAACGAUUUUGAUUAAACAUUAUAGUGUGCAUUGUGGUUUGGAUGCGUAACCCAAGUUUGCUCUUUAAGGAUAGUAUGUUACUCAGAUUUCCCUAGAUUAAUGACGGGGUGUCGUCAUUUUAGCAGGAAACGUUCUCCUUGACAUAUUUAAAGGGACGCCAUUAAUCUUUUCCUUUGUUUAUACAUGUAUCUCAUGUAUUUUGCAUAAUGACACAUAAUGACACAUGACACAUAAUG